GUACACCACUAGUUCUGUAACCGUCAACAGCAUUCAAAAGUACAGUGGCUUUGUUACACUCGCAAAAUGUGAAAUAUUAUAUUUUAAUUUAAAAUAACUACAAUAAUGGCGGAAAAAUUAAAGGAUUAUCAAGUUAUAGACGUUUUCUGCGGUGGUACGUUCUACAAAGUGAAACACAAGGUCACAAACAACAUAUUUGCGUGGAAGGCGCACGAUUGCUCCGCGUUCAGUAACGAACAGAUACAAAACGUUGCAAAUGAAGUGAAAACAAUAAGUAAAGUGACAUCGAAGAACUUGUUGCGAUACUACGACACCAUUUUCCAUACUCCGUCAAAAACAUUGUACUUUGUCCUUGAAUACAAUUCGUGGCGAAGUGUGCAAGAAUUGAUAGAAGUGUGCAAGGCCACUGACAAGUUCAUAGCCGAGAGCUUUAUCUGGUACCUGCUGCACGAACUGGCUCGAGUCUGCAAGGCAAUCGAAGACAUACACGUCCUCAUAGUGCAAAAAUGUAUAACGCCUGGAUCCAUCUUUGUAAACGAAAGUGGCGAGCUGCGCAUCAAUUGCUUCGAGCUGACUCGGUCUACGGAGCCCUCAGACGUAAUGCGUCAGACCGCUGAAGUAAUCCACACGCUGUGUUACAGGCCUGGCACUAACAAGAUCAAGGAGUUUCCCUACAGUGAUGAUCUCAGGAACAUUGUAAGCUUUCUCAUGGACGAGAGGAAUGCCAACAUGCGCCCAGAUGUUGUCCUAUACCAUCCUACUGUGCUUAUGAACCUGGAAUCAAAAGUAAAGCCUAAAUGUAUGAAUGAAAUAAUCAUCUCGGGUGAUCAUUCUUACACAACUUCCGAGGUGAACAAAUGUGACUCAGAGAAGGCUGGGGAGUUGUGCAGAGCUGUUGAGCCUCUACCCAGGACAUUGUUCAACAUAGUGGACAGUCCUAUUUACUGCAACAUCAGUCCGAAGAGAAAAGCAGACAUAGAAACAACUCAGGCAAGCUCGCCAACCAGCCCCUUGUCCCCUACACUGGCUGCACUAGCUCUGGAGUUGCCUGGCUUUGUCCCUCGUAGCAGAAGACCUUUUACUGACACAUUGGACACAUUCAACUGUCCUCAGCAGGUGUCUGAAGAAACUCUCAGCCAGCAGUGGAUGUCACGUCUGAUUGCGCUUCGCCACCGCGAGGAGUCGCUCAACAAGAGAGAGAGGGACCUGGUAGCCAAGGAAAUAGUGAAUAGUCCAUCUACUAAAAUAAUACCAUGCAGGGCCUCCUUGGACUUGGCAGGUGAGGGUGAAAGUAACGGUAUAACCUUGCCUCUAAUGCUGACACAGGCUAAAGAUGAUAGACGUGAUUGGGUAUCGCGACGACGGCGCCCACGGAGCAGUUCAGUGCGCUCCAAGGGUCGCAGGAAGAGUUGUGGUUAUGAGGACCUGGACAGCUCACUGUCAGCCGACGCCGGAGACGGCAGCAUCAUUGUAACCGGCGCUAAGUUCACUGCAGACAACAUGCCGCGCCGCAACAUCUUCCCCGAGGUGUCCACCAAGAAAGUGCACUUCACAUCCAGUAACCCAUUCACAGAGAGUGAUGACAGUGUUACUUUAACCUUCUAUGAGUUGGACAAUGUGGAUGCCGAAGGGUAUCAAGUGCCGAGACAGGAGGCUCUUGCUAAAGACAUCAGCAGAUUUAAAUACUUGGACUUGAAGAAGUCCACUUCUGAAAAGAGAGCUUCAAUGCAGUGGGGUCAUUCAUCUCCUUCCAAGCUAGCCAAGACAAGCAAGAAUGUGUUUGGUGACAUAACAAACAUCAAUCAUGGCAGUAUGAGGAAGACUCCCUCUAAAACAAGCCUCACUUCAAGGAGCUCCAACACAUCGAGGCAGUCCAUGUUCUCCUGCAGGAGCCACUGGAGCAUGGAGUCCACCAGUACCAAGGUGAGUGAUGGCAGUAUCUCUGAGAGGACUCGCUCUGCCAUGAGACAGUGUGCCCCUCAGACUCCUGUGGCACCACCUGAUGUUAAGAAAUCUAAAAGUCGCAAGUCAUUGCUUAACUUCAAAACACCCUUCAAAUUCAUGACUUCCACUAAAAUUUAAUAAGAGGUAGUACAGUAUGUUUAUGUAUAUCAAUUUGUGAUUGUAAAUUUGAUCUCUGAUGAAAUUUAUUUUUGUUAGUUGUAGUGUAGUGUAAGCAAUAUAUGAAUAGUUCUGUAGAAGGUAUCAAGUAAUAUUUGGUUGUGGUUCUCUAUGUAGACAUGUAACUUUAGAGUAAGUGAUCAACUUGUUCUACUAAAUAUUAUUUUAGAAUCUAAUAUUUCUAUGAUUUGACAUUUUAUUAGUACAUAAUGAAAUGAAAUACGGACA